AUGUUGCAGUUUGGUGCAUGGCUUAAUUCAAAAGAAAGAUUGCAACAGAAAUGGCUGCAUGACAGUGAUGCAUGGCCUCAUGCUUUUGGAAAAUUGGACGAAGCAACGGCAUGGAUGUUUUCGAAACUUUCUUGUAUAAAAUUUACGCGAUCAUUCGAAUUGACGGGGCAGGUCAGUGACGAUGGUGGAUUGGUUUUUACUUUUUAUAUAAAGCGAAUUGCUCUGAGCAAUGAAAUUAUAUAUUUUAAUAUGAGGGAAGCAGUGGACGUCAAAUCUAUUUUCGCUAUAUUUUUCCCGGAACUGGUCCCAUACAAAGGUCCUGCGCAAGGAAAAGAAGCGAGGAAAACGGAAAAUGUGGAAGGUUUUCUGAAUUCGUUACCCCAUGAAACACUGGUAAACUGGGAAAUUUGCACCAACGAUAUCGUAGCAGUGCUCAGACCAUACCAGAAAUGGCUGCAUGACAGUGAUGCAUGGCCUCAUGCUUUUGGAAAAUUGGACGAGACAACGGCAUGGAUGUUUUCGAAACUUUCCUGUAUAAAAUCUACGCGUUCAUUCGAAUUAACCGGGCAGGCCAGUGACGAUGGUGGAUUGGUUUUUACUUUUUACGUAAAGCGAAUAGCUCUGAGCAAUGAAGUUAUAUAUUUUAAUAUGAGGGAAGCAGUGGAUGUCAAAUCUAUUUUCGCUAUAUUUUUCCCGGAACUGGUCCCAUACAAGGGUCCUGCGCAAGGAAAAGAAGCAAGGAAAACGGAAAAUGUGGAAGGUUUUCUGAAUUCGUUACCCCAUGAAACACCGGUAAACUGGGAAAUCUGUACCACCGAUAUUGUGGCAGUGCUCAGACCAUACCAGUUGUUGUUGGUUCAGGAAGAUGCAGUACGUUUCAUGAUUUCACGUGAAGACAUCAGUCGGCCGGCAACAGUAAACAUUGAAAAUGAAUUUAUUAUUUUACCAACAAUUCCAAAAAUUCUUUACUCACCGACAUGUGGAGCAAUGUCGCUGUGCUUAGAGAAACCUUCAUACAGCAUUCCCCCUGGUUUGUAG